UUCACAAUGACUCUGCUCAGAUACCCGGUCCAGCUGCAGCUGCUGCUCAGUACUCUGCUCGGCUCUUGUUUGGGUUUGGAGUUCCCAGGAGUGCGAGGGCAGUGGGCCCGUUUUCUCCGUUGGGAUGCCAGCACCAGAAGUGACCUCAGCUUCCGGGUCAAAACGGACACGUCCAGCGCGCUGGUCUUGUACUUCGACGACGGAGGCUACUGCGACUUCCUGCAGCUGAUGGUUGUGGAGGGCAAGCUGCAGCUGCGGUUCAGCAUCGACUGCGCGGAGACCACGCUGGUUUCGGGUAAACGGGUCAACGACAGCAGCUGGCACUCGGUCACCGUGAGCAGGUCCAACCUGAGGACGGUGCUGGGCGUGGACGGCGAGAGCAAGGCCGACGAGGUCCGACCUCAGAGGCAGUACAUGAAGAUCGUUAGUGACCUCUUCCUGGGCGGCGUCCCCCAGGACAUUCGCACCUCGGCUCUGACCUUACCCACCGCCAAGGACCUCCCGCCUUUUAAAGGAGUUAUCAGGGACCUGAAAUACGGCAACAAGGAGCCUACGCUACUUAGCAGCCAGAGGGUCCGGAUGGACACGGAAGGUGUCUGCACCGAGAAUCCGUGUGAGAACGGAGGGAUUUGCGCCCUAGUGGACGGGGAACCGCAGUGCGAUUGUUCCAAGACGGAGUACGUUGGCCGAUUCUGCAGCGAAGAGGCCAACAGCAUCCCAGGCUUGGCACACAUGAUGAUGGCCGAACAAGGAGCCAAGGGCAAAGCCCGUGAGGAGAACGUGGCCACCUUCCGAGGCUCGGAAUACUUCUGCUACGACCUCUCGCAGAACCCCAUCCAGAGCAGCAGUGACGAGAUCACGCUCUCGUUCAAGACCUGGCAGCGCAACGGGCUCAUUCUGCACACGGGCAAGUCGGCCGACUAUGUCAACCUGGCGCUGAAGGACGGCGCGGUGUCCCUGGUCAUCAAUCUCGGUUCUGGAGCCUUUGAGGCCAUCGUGGAGCCGGUCAACGGCAAAUUCAACGAUAACGCCUGGCACGAUGUCAAAGUGACACGCAAUCUCAGACAGCAUUCAGGCAUUGGACACGCUAUGGUAAACAAACUACAUUGUCUGGUCACGAUCUCCGUGGACGGGAUCCUCACCACCACAGGCUACACGCAGGAGGACUACACGAUGCUGGGCUCUGAUGAUUUCUUCUACGUCGGAGGAAGCCCGAGCACCGCUGACUUACCCGGUUCACCCGUCAGCAACAACUUCAUGGGCUGCCUCAAAGAGGUCAUGUACAAGAACAACGACAUCCGGUUGGAGCUUUCUCGGCUGGCGCGGAUCGUGGACCCUAAGAUGAAGAUCCAGGGAGAUGUCGUGUUUAAGUGCGAGAACGUGGCCACGUUGGACCCCAUCUCGUUCGAGACGCCCGAGGCCUACAUCAGCCUCCCGAAGUGGAACACCAAACGCAUGGGCUCCAUCUCGUUCGACUUCCGCACCUCCGAGCCCAACGGCCUGAUCCUGUUCACGCACGGCAAGCCGCAGGACAGGAAGGCGGUGGGGAGCCAGAAGAACACCAAGGUGGACUUUUUUGCGGUGGAGCUGCUGGACGGGAGUCUGUACCUCCUGCUGGACAUGGGCUCGGGUACCAUCAAGGUCAAAGCCACGCAGAAUAAAGUGAACGACGGGACGUGGUACCACGUGGACAUCCAGAGAGACGGAAGAUCAGGUACUAUAUCCGUAAACAGCCGUCGUACCCCGUUCACGGCCAGCGGAGAGAGCGAGAUCCUGGACCUGGAGGGCGAUAUGUACCUCGGUGGACUUCCUGAGAACCGCGCCGGGCUCAUCCUGCCCACCGAGCUCUGGACCGCCAUGCUCAACUACGGCUACGUGGGCUGCAUCAGGGACCUGUUCAUCGACGGACGUAGCAAAGACAUCAGGCAGAUCGCCGAAGAGCAGAACGGAGCGGGAAUCAAACCCUCCUGCAACAAGGUGCCGGGGAAGCAGUGCGAGAGUUACCCGUGCAAGAACAAGGGGGUGUGUAAAGAGGGCUGGAACCGCUUCAUCUGCGACUGCACCGGCACCGGAUACUGGUCGCGUACCUGCGAGAGGGAGGCGUCGAUCCUGAGCUACGACGGCAGCAUGUACAUGAAGGUGGUGAUGCCCACAGUGAUGCACACCGAGGCCGAGGACGUGUCCCUGCGCUUCAUGUCCCAGAGAGCGUACGGCCUGCUCAUGGCCACCACGUCGCGCGACUCGGCCGACACCCUGCGCCUGGAGCUGGACGGCAGCCGCGUCAAACUCACCGUCAACUUAGACUGUAUCAGGAUUAACUGUAACUCCAGCAAGGGACCAGAGACACUGUAUGCUGGACAAAAACUCAAUGACAAUGAGUGGCAUACGGUGCGGGUGAUCCGGCGCGGUAAAACCUACAAGCUCACAGUUGACGAUGACGUAGCUGAAGGUCAGAUGGUGGGCGACCAUACUCGCCUGGAGUUCCACAACAUCGAGACGGGUGUGAUGACCGAGCGCCGUUUUGUCUCGCACAUCCCGUCCAGCUUCAUCGGCCACUUGCAGAGCCUCAGGUUCAACGGCCUGCUCUACAUCGACUUGUGCAAGAACGGCGACAUCGACUACUGCGAGCUGAACGCACGCUUCGGCAUGCGCUCCAUCAUCGCCGACCCGGUGACCUUCAAAGCCAAGAGUAGCUACCUGAGCCUGGCCACGCUGCAGGCCUACACCUCCAUGCACCUGUUCUUCCAGUUCAAGACCACCGCGGCGGACGGCAUCAUCCUGUUCAACAGCGGCGACGGGAGCGACUUCAUCGCCGUGGAGCUGGUGAAAGGGUACAUCCACUACGUGUUCGAUCUCGGCAACGGCCCGAACCUCAUUAAAGGCAACAGUGAUCGAGCUCUGCAUGACAACCAGUGGCACAACGUGGUCAUCACCAGAGACAACAGCAAUCUGCAUACCCUCAAAGUCGACGCCAAGGUCGUCAGUCAAGUGGUUAACGGUGCCAAGAACCUGGACCUAAAAGGUGAUCUUUUCAUUGCUGGUUUGGGGCCCAACAUGUACAACAGCCUGCCCAAACUGGUAGCCUCGAGGGAGGGCUUUAAAGGUUGUCUGGCGUCGGUGGACCUGAACGGCCGUCUGCCGGACCUGAUAAACGACGCUCUGUUCCGCAGCGGGCAGAUUGAGCGUGGAUGCGAAGGUCCUAGCACCACGUGUCAGGAGGACUCCUGCGCCAACAUGGGCGUCUGCAUCCAGCAGUGGGAGAACUACACCUGCGACUGCUCCAUGACCUCCUUCACGGGCAUGCACUGCAACGACCCUGGAACAACGUUCAUCUUCGGGAAAGGCGGAGGUCUCAUCACCUACAACUGGCCGGCUAACGAGCGGCCGAGCACGCGCAUGGACCGUCUGACGGUGGGCUUCAGCACCUCGCUGAAGGAUGGCAUUCUGGUGCGCAUCGACAGCGCUCCGGGUCUGGGAGACUACAUCAUGCUCCACAUCGAGCAAGGCAAAAUCGGCGUCACGUUCAACAUCGGGAUGGUCGAUAUCAUCGUCCAGGAGAGCAGCAUGCCGGUGAACGAUGGCAAGUACCACGUGGUGCGAUACACACGAAACGGGGGCAACGCCACACUUCAGGUGGACAAUUGGGCCAUCAACGAGCACUUCCCCUCAGGCAACAACGAUAAUGAGCGAUUGCAAAUGGCAAAUAAGAAAAUCCCGUUCAAAUAUGCCCGGCCUGUAGAGGAGUGGCUGCAAGAGAAAGGGCGCCAGUUAACGAUCUUCAACACACAGGCCACCAUCACGAUCGGUGGCGCGGACCGCAGGAGGCCGUUUCAGGGCCAGCUCUCGGGCCUGUACUACAACGGGCUGAAGGUGCUCAACAUGGCCGCUCAGGGCAACCCGAACAUCCGGAUCAACGGCAGCGUGCGGCUUGUGGGCGACGUUCCCGCUGCCGGAUCGGCCCGCACCACGGCCAUGCCCCCGGAGAUGUCCACCACCUUCAUCGAGACCACCACCACCAUGUCCACCACCACCACGAGAAAACACCGCUCGCCACCUACAAUAUCGAGCACAGACGACAUCGUCACGUCAGCCGAGUGCUCCAACGACGACGAGGACCUGGAGGAGUGCAACUUCGAGCACGCAGGUGGGCUAGGAGGUGAAUUAGAUCCCUUAGUACUCCCUCCUGUAGCUACACGUGCACCCUUCAUCCCUCCCCCCCCAACCCUCCGCCCCCCCCUCACCAUUAUUGAGACCACCAAAGAGUCCCUGUCCAUGGCCACUGAGGCGGGCCUGCCCUGCUUGUCGGACCAAGGCAGCGAUGAUUGUGAUGAUGGUGAUGAUGAUGAUGAUGAUGAUGAUGGUGAUGAUGAUGAUGAUGAUGAUGGCUUGGUGAUAUCUGGGUAUGGCUCUGGGGAAGCAUAUGACUCUAACCUGCCCACUACUGAUGAUGAAGAUGUUUACACCACCUUCUCCUUGGUCACAGAUAAGACCUUAUCCACGUCGGCCUUUGAAGGUGGCUACAAAGCUCACGCGCCUAAGUGGGAAGCCAAGGACUUUAGACCUAACAAAGCCUCCGAGCACGGUAGGACUACUACUACCGCGUCUUUUUCCCCCAAUCUGAGCCGCUCCACCACCACCACCACCACCACCUCUGCUGCCGCAGCGCCGCCCAAAUGGCCUGCGGGCAAAAUGAAUAACCGAGAGCUUAAACCCCAACCCGACAUAGUCUUGCGUCCAUUGCCCACUUCCUAUGACGUAGACCGCAAAAAGCCGAAGAGCCCGUUAAUAACCUCCCCCAUGUUCCGUAAUGUACCCACAGCGAUCCCCACGGAGCCGGGCGUCAGGCGCGUUCCCGGGGCCUCCGAGGUCGUCCGGGAAUCUAGCAGCACCACUGGAAUGGUCGUCGGGAUAGUUGCUGCUGCCGCUUUGUGCAUCCUCAUCCUCCUGUACGCCAUGUAUAAGUACAGAAACAGGGACGAGGGGUCGUACCAAGUGGACGAGAGCCGCAAUUACAUAACCAACUCGGCGCAGAGCAACGGCGCGGUCAUGAAGGACAAGCAGCACGGCUCGAAAGGCAGCAACAAGAAACAGAAAAACAAGGACAAGGAAUAUUACGUGUGAGACUGCGCGACGGCGAAACGGGUGACGCUGAGGCGUAUCGGACGUGCUGACGGAGAGAGAGAGAACAGAUUUUCCAUUUUGGCACUGUGCUGAAGCACUGAGCUCUCACACCAACUGUAAUAUAAAGCACACUAUUGUGUAAGCAUACCGCGAUGGUAAAUAGCGACAUUAGUGACCUUUAUUCUUCGAUCCGGUCGCCGGUGUUAUCAGUGUAGAAUACUUCACACCUACAUCAUUAUCCUAGAGAGAGAAAAAAAAAACAAAACAAAAAACAAACGUGACUUUUAAAAAGGUAUGUGAUCCUUGGCAUUUUUUUUUUUUUUUUUUUUUAAAUCCUGUAAAGAGAAAAAAAAAAAAAAAAAAAAAUGUGAGGAAGGAAGAUUGAGAGAGAGCGCGAGGAGACAAUUCUGGCCAUCGCAGGCAUGUGAGCGACACAUGGUGUUACAAGAG